UUCGACGAGCAGUAGCGUCUAGACAAACACUGCCCCCAAGCCGGUUUCCAAUGCAUCAGCUUUCUACAGUAGAGGGCGCCAGAUUGCUGGUUACUCUGCCACGGAUGCAUUGCUACAAUCAAGGCAAACCAACUCUAACGUCACGGUAAAGCGUACCCCUGGAUUCCUGAGCGUCUCUAACUCAAAGAGGUUGUACCCGAUCACAAGCUACCCGGCUGGAGGCAGAAGAGCAUCCCCGCAGCAGUCAAGACGUCUCAGAUCAGUCUACAAGGAUUCUCAAAUCUUGGUAAUACGUGUUACAUGAACGCCAUUCUCCAGUCGCUAUUCUGUCUGGAAUGCUUCACUGCAGACAUGCAGAAUCAAGACAUCAUUCCACUCAUGCAGAAAUCAAGUCUCUACUGUCAUUCUAACCCAAUCGGGUCGAUCCAGACGGCGCUGGAGCAGUUCUUCAGAGAGGAGGGUAUAGAGUAUGCCUGCGGAGAAUGUGACUGCAAGCAUGCUAUAGUCACGCAUAAGUUCACUAAGCUACCAAGGGUAAUUAUCAUUCAUCUUAAGCGCUACAAAUUUGACGCUGACGCCUUCCAGUACUCCAAGCUCCGUCGUCGCAUCCUCAUACCCAGGUACUUGUCCGUCCACUACCACUGCACCAAGGAAACCCAGAGUCCAACCUCUCUCCCAAAGUCAUUAGUCAACGGGACGUCAUCUCCAAGGCCACAACAACUCAAUGCCGAGAGAACUCAAAGGUUGUCCCUCACAGCCCCGUCGACGAGGGAAUCUAAUUGGUCUGCAAGGAGCGAGUCGUUUAAGCCCUCGCGCUUCAGUUUUACGCCCACUGCGCCCCUCAAGGAAGAGGCUGAACUAUGACGACAACAGGUACUUAAAUAUUUUCUCAUCAUCGAUGUGAUUUCAUGUCACUCAAUAACUAUUUAUCUACCAGCCUAAUCAAGUCAAUGAGGUUAGGUUGGGUUUUUGUUUUUGGUGUUGCCAUGCAAAGUUCAGAAUGUAACUUUUGCACUGACCGUAUGCGAAGCGUGAUACAUUGACACUCACAAUACUCAGAGUGCAAUAUGAAAACUGUGAUUGGGUUAUCGCCUGAUAUCACACUCUGGUUUGAUUGGAUUAUUAGUGCAUACUGGAAGGUAAUAUAGUAGAAACAAUAAUACAUGGCACCCUGAACUAAGAUAUUGACAAAAUGGAGAGCCCGCCAACACAGGGUUAGCAGGCCUGUAUGCUUUGUUUGUGAAAGGGCACCGGCACCAAGGCAUUUUUCCCUUGGUAAUGGUGCACCUUAUGUGGAAAUUGUAAAUUACUGGAGCAUUUCAAAGGCAAUGACCAGAGGGGCAAUCGCCCUCGUUACCUUUCGUGAAGUAUAAGGCCUUGAGUGCUGGUACGUUAAU